GGGGUAGGAGUCGGAAAAAGGGAGUGGGGUGUGAGAAUUCUGAGGGGAUCCAGGACAGGAGACCGGAGUUCCUCUCCUUGCCCACUCUUUGUGUAUUUGGUGUGAUUCCCCGAACCAGGCAGGGUCUCCUUCCUCUGCCCUUUUCAGGAGCUAACAUGGUGAUGGAAGAAGUGCUGCCCAUGGAAAGCAGGGAGCUCCGGGGGUUGCUGGGAGACCCUCUCGAGGUGGACAGGACUCUGCUGCUGGACUGCCGGCCCUUCCUGGCCUUCUGUCAGAGUCACGUCCUGGAGGCCCGGCCUGUGCACUGGAACGCCUUGUUGCGCAGGAGGUCCCGGGGGGCUGCCGGAGUUCAUCUGGACUGGCUGAUCCCCGACCGGACCUUGCUGGGCCGGCUGAGCCAGGGGGAGCUGUCCCGAGUGGUGGUGCUGGAUGAAGCCAGCGACUCUGUGGCCGAACUCCGGGCAGACAGUCUACCUCGGAUGCUGCUCACUGCCUUGCUACAGGAGACUCGAGCCGGACCCACUGCUGUCUGCUUCCUACAAGGAGGCUUCGAAGGCUUCCAGGCCAGUUUCCCAGAUCUGUGCUCAGAACCUCCUGCGCCAGCUUUACCCCCACCUGUGACUGAGACAGAGAGCAGUCGGCCAAGUACUGGGGCUCCUUUGUACGACCAGGGCGGCCCUGUGGAGAUCUUGCCCUUCCUCUACCUUGGCAGUUGCAGCCAUUCUUCUGACCUCAAGGGCCUUCAGGCUCUGGGCAUCACAGCUGUGCUCAAUGUUUCUGCCAACUGUCCAAACCACUUUGAAGGCCUUUUCCGUUACAAGAGUAUCCCUGUGGAGGACAACCAGAUGGUUGAAAUCAGUGUCUGGUUCCAGGAGGCUAUUGGCUUCAUUGACUCAGUGAAGAAUUCUGGGGGAAGAGUCCUGGUACACUGCCAAGCAGGCAUCUCACGCUCAGCCACCAUCUGCUUGGCAUACCUGAUGCAGAGCCGCAGGGUGAAAUUGGAGGAGGCCUUCGACUUUGUCAAACAGCGUCGUGGGAUCAUCUCCCCCAAUUUUGGUUUCAUGGGACAGCUUCUGCAGUUCGAAACCCAAGUGCUCUGCCACUAGGAGGGGAGGUGGCAUCGCCUAAUCCUGGCUCAUAUGUGGGAUCAGGCCUGUUGCUCUCCGUGAAAGGACUCUGCUCUGGCCCCGGCCAGUAAGGACUUUCCAGAUCAUUGGGAAAAGCCUCACCUGAGUGGUGGAGAGCAGGGCAAGCUGUGAGAACUGAUUCCCUCUCUCGGUGGGGGGUGGGGGGGUAACCCCCUCCCCACUUCUGGGUACCCUUUCUUUGGAAAGCUGUGAAUGGUACCAGUGGGAGGGGAAAGAACAUGAAGAAAGACAGCAUGCUGGGUGUCCUGAUUCGGUGCUCUUCUGCUCUGGGUGUGAGGUCAAACCCUCCCCAUGAAUGAGGGGAUAGGGGUGAACAGCAGCUCGUUUCCAUUCCCCCUCUCCCCUUCCUCAACAGGCAGAAAUUAAUUAGGCCCCACACACAUCUAUUUCUUCCUGCCUUUCUGGCCCCUGACCCUGGUUUUGGGGUCAAUUGCCAAAAUUCCUAGUCUAGCUCUACCACCACCACCCCAGAUAGUCCCCCGCCCCCAACCAUGAGAUUCACUACUGUUCUCCAACCUGGAUCUCCCACAAGCCCAAGGCACUGGGGCCCCUAACUCUGAAACCUGUGCUGUGAAACCCUGGCUGCCUGGGGGGUAGGGGCUGGGGUAGGGAGAAGGGCCUCCCCAUGAUCACAGGGCCUUGAGAAUGAGCCUAGCUCAUGACAAUUACAGAGGAUCCUGGGAGUGCUGGAUGACUCAGUGGACUAAUAUACUCUAUCACCAGCAUCUUCCUUCCGCAGGAAAGCAAUACAGCAUAUGUGUGUGUGUGUGUAUGUGUGUGUUGUACUGGAAAACUAUUUAUGUUCAACUGACAUUUACCACUCCCCCCUCUCCCCCCUCCCCCACUUCCCCCAAGCCCACAAGCCCUGUGGGCAGGCUUGGAAAAUUAGCACUUUAUAUUUAUA